AUGAAGCUCCAUAAGUGGGCGUCUAACAGAAGUCUGAUGAGAGGCCGUUUUCAAUCUGAGGCAACGGGAGCUGUGCCACUGGGUGAAGUCACUGGGGUCCUUAAGGUGCUUGGUCUGACGUGGAAUCCCACAGUGGAUACGUUGACGUUCUCAUCAAACGAUGUGCUGCAAUUCGCGCAGCAGCGGAAGGAUACAAAGCGGUUCCUUCUUCAAACAACGGCCAGACUUUACGAUCCGAUGGGGUUCCUUUCACCUUUCCUUGUGAAGGCGAAGAUUUGGUUUCAACGGACGUGGGAACUCAAGCUCAACUGGGAUGAUACUUUACCGAACGGCAUAAAGCAGAAAUGGCACGAGUGGUGUGAGGGCUUACCGCUCCUACAGACGAUACAAGUUCCACGAUUCUAUGAGCACGGCGUGGAUGGCAACGUUGUCAGCCGGAUGCUGCAUAUCUUCGCGGACGCCAGUCCCUUAGCGUAUGGUGCAGCUGCAUACAUUUGCGUCAAGGAUGCAACGGGUGAAGCAACCACUUCGUUACUUCUGGCAAAAGCGAGGGUUGCGCCGUUGAAGAAGCUGACAUUACCCAUGCUCGAACUCAUGGCGUGCCUCAUCGCAUCGAGGCUGUUUAAGUACAUUUCCAGCCAUCUCAAGUUGGAGACCGACGAAAUUCAUUUCUGGAGCGACAGCAUGAUUGCUCUGUACUGGAUCCAGGGGAACGCAACCAGGUGGAAACCUUUCGUACAAAAUAGAGUGGUCGAAAUUCAAGGAAAUGAUUCUUCUCACCCUUGGCACUAUUUCCUUGCAUGUUUCCUGAUGCAAGGAAAACCCAGCAGACCUCAUGACUCGAGGAAUCACGGCUAA